CUCCGGAGCGGCUGAGGACGGAGGAGACAGGCGGCCCCUCAGCAGACACAUCGAUCAUGGCUGCCUUAAUCAAGGAAAUCGUCAGCAGGAAUAAAAGGAGAUACCAGGAGGACGGGUUCGACCUGGACCUGACCUAUAUUUAUCCAAACAUCAUAGCGAUGGGUUUCCCCGCAGAGCGUCUGGAGGGUGUCUACAGGAACAACAUCGAUGAUGUCGUACGGUUUUUAGACUCAAAGCACAAGAAUCACUAUAAGAUCUACAACUUGUGCGCAGAGCGACAUUAUGACACAGCAAAGUUCAACUGUCGAGUGGCUCAGUAUCCAUUCGAGGACCACAACCCACCCCAGCUGGAGCUGAUCAAGCCGUUCUGUGAGGACCUGGAUCAGUGGCUGAGCGAGGACGAGCAGCAUGUUGCUGCCAUCCACUGCAAGGCGGGAAAAGGCCGGACGGGUGUGAUGAUCUGCGCCUACCUGCUGCACCGGGGCAAGUUCCAGGAGGCUCAGGAGGCGCUGGACUUCUACGGAGAGGUCCGGACUCGCGACAAGAAGGGUGUGACCAUCCCCAGUCAGCGGCGUUACGUCAUCUACUACAGCUUCCUGCUGAGGAACCAGCUGCUAUACAAACCUGUCGCUCUGCUCUUCCACAAGAUGCUGUUUGAAACCAUCCCCAUGUUCACUGGAGGAACCUGCAACCCUCAGUUCGUGGUAUACCAGCUGAAGGUGAAGAUCCACACGUCAAACCCGACUCACACCAGGAGAGAAGACAAGCUGAUGUUGUUUGAGUUCCCGCAGCCGCUUCCUGUGUGUGGAGACAUUAAGGUGGAGUUCUUCCACAAGCAGAACAAGAUGAUGAAGAAGGAAAAGAUGUUUCACUUCUGGGUGAACACAUUCUUCAUCCCGGGCCCAGAGGAGAACCUGGACAGGCUGGAGAACGGCAGCGCUGUGACGCUGCGGGAACUGUCUGACAGAACACAGCAGAACCUGGGGACGAUGACGGGAGGAGAUGGCAACGACAGAGACUUCCUGGUACUCACACUGACCAAGAAUGACUUGGAUAAGGCCAACAAGGACAAGGCCAACAGAAACUUCUCCCCAAACUUCAAGGUGAAGCUGUACUUCACUAAGACGGUAGAAGAAGGAGCUAACUGUGACGCCAGCAGCACGUCAGCCUCUGUGACGCCGGACGUCAGUGACAACGAACCGGAUCACUACCGCUACUCCGACACAACAGACUCGGACCCGGAGAACGAGCCGUUUGAAGAUGACCAUCACAAUCAGAUCACGAAAGUCUGACACACGCACGCGCACACACACGCAUACACACACACACACGCACACACACACACACACACACACACACACAGUAUUUACUUACACAUACUCAUAAACCCCAGAUAAAGACUAGCGUGUUGGCUAACGGGGAAUAUAAGCGAUGGACCAUGCCUGACCUGAAGACUCUGACACUGAUUUCAGGUCAGUUCGGAAGCCCCGCCCCUCGUAUCUUUAGCUGGACAAUCACAUGACAUGACGGUCAGAGGUGAAGAGGGCGGGGUCUUAAUGUAUGGGCGGGGCCUGGACAGCGAAUGGACAAUAAGACGGAUGAAUGGACAGACGGGAGAUUUUUAAGAAUAAAACUUGAAUAUAAACAAACUGAAAGACAAGUAGACUUCUUUAGUGACUACACCACCAUGUUUGUUGGGUUAAUACCUACAAUCCCCCUGUGUCCUUCUUCAUGCCCAGUUCCAGAGACUUUAUGCACCAAUCUUGAUUUUCCGUCUCUUCAGUCUUCAUUUAGUGAAGCUGACUCUUCACUCCGUGAGCUCGUUUCACUCUUAAAUCAAUUAAAUCUGGACUUUUGGCCCGUUUGCACCAAUUUGAACUGGUUUGGACUAAUUAGUGUGAACCAGCCAGUCAGGAGUGGUCCAACUCUGCUGACCCCGAAGAAACUCCAGACUUACUCUAAAAACCUUCGUCCCGGUCGAGAGUCAAGUGUGGACCAAGCUGGACGGUUUGAGCUGGUCUGUACCAGAUGUGGACUGUGAGCCUGUGGUUUGACGAUGGAGAAGAGAAGCUGUCAAUCAUUACUGUUGAAACACACCUGCAGUACAAAUACUGUGAACAAAUACUUUUACUGCUUCUGUUUGUUUGUCUUCACGCAGCUACUGAGAACUUGUAUCCAACAUUAAGCUAAAAACAAACGAGCUACAAGCAGUAAAACUUCCUGAGACUACCAGUGCGGAGCGCUUGGUUUUUAUACCUGGGAUGCUGGGUGAGUGGGGUCAGUGCUGUUCAGUGGUCAGCGUGGAUCAGCAGGAUGUGAGACGGAUGAAGACAGAAAGACGAGUGUCGUGUCGGUGUGGUCGGACUGUUGGACUGUUGGACUGUUUGUGUGUGUGUGUGUGUGUGUGUCUCUCUGGUUUCAGUGUCUUGUAGACUUUAAAUUCUGUCUCACUGUUUCUACAGUUAAUUAGCAUCAGAUUGGUCUUCAGUCUGUCAUCGGUCAGAACUGAUUGGUUCCUAGUCUCGGGUCACCUGAUUGGUUGGUUCCUAGUCUCGGGUCACCUGAUUGGUCAGACUCCCUGAUGACCCUCUGCAGGUAAAAGUUCUCGUUCUGAUGUCUGACUUUGGUCUCAACAUGUGGUGCUACAACCCGUCAUCGUCUCUCGCUGGUCUGUGGCUAUUUAUUGUUCUGCAUGAUUCUGGUUGGGUCCUGAGGUUCCUGUUGGUGACCCAGUAGGCUCGGUAAAGAGUCUGAUCACACGGAACCAACUCCUCAGUGGUGCUGAGUCAGAGGGCCUCCUUCAUUUUACAGCAUGAAACAGAACAGUGUCUGAACCCAGAGUCAGUGACCCGGGUCGGUUUGGGUUAGUGAUGGUGAUAUCAAGCACAUGUGGUUCUGAUCUUAACCCUGAAGACUUCUUCCUGUGAAUCAGAUGUUUCACUUCAGGUUGUUGUGUGUUGACCUACUUUGUGUCAGUGGAGGAGAAACAGAAUGGACUUGGUACCGGUCACUGUGUCCUGUGUGAUCACAUGUACCUCUGCUAGCAUUGUGCUAACAAUUAACCAGUGCUUGUUGGGCCUACAGUUUAUCCUGUAGGGGUUUUCUGGUGCUAAGCUAAGCUAGCCUGUGCUGAUGCCGAGCCUCUAAUUCAUCUGUGGUGCUGAUCCAGUGGGAUCUGUGAUGCCGAGCACCUCUGACAUCAGUGAGACCAUCUGUCCGAACGCACUUCCUGUUCCGAGUCCUGUGAGGUGUCGUCAGGCCGGGCCUCACUUCCUGUGUCAACACAACUGGCGUGGAGCUGCAAACUGGUGCAAACUCCAAAAGCAGAACCAGCCGAUUGUUUGCCACGAUGGUGGUGAAGAUGUUUAAUCAAGUCUGGUUCUGGGGUUCUGUGAGACUUGAACCCUCAACCACCUGAACAGCGUGUGUCAAACAAGCUGAUUGGUCAGAACAAGUUCUGGUUCAACAGACAAUGAAAAUAUUGUCUCGCUUCUACAAUUCUUAAAAACAUGUUCAGCCUCGAGCCGGAAAGUUGUCCCGCUGUCGUCGAUGAGGACUGGUUCUGAUCUCCACACCGGUCUGCACUGAGCAGAUCUCAGGUGUUUGAGGCCCGGCGGGUGCUGUCCACGUCUCAACAGUUUCAGGUGCUCUGUAUCCUUUUCUUUGACCAUUUUAUAACUGUUGGUCACAGAGAACACGUCCUUCAGCCAUCAUGUCCAUCGGGAGAUGAAGACAGAAUUAACAAAACCAGUGUUCACUCAGAACACCGUUUUCUCCUCAAGUCAGAUUCAAUAUUAUGUUUUUGGUUCCGAAGGUGAAGGAUUGAAAUGCUCAGUGAUCGUUUCAGAGCAGCAGCUCCUGAAAUGAAUCAAGCCUGGACAUUAAAUCCUGAAUCUGUUGGAUCAUCACAGACUCCUUUAAGUCAUCGGAUCAGAACCACUCUCUGUUUACAUCUCAUCACCAACCUGCCAGAAUGAACGCUUUCUUUCUUCUUUUUGCCUGAAGGUGCGGUCACACCAGAACUCAAAACAGGAAGUCAUGUCUUGGUAGAUAGUCAUAAAGAACUACAAUGAUGGAGCCACAUUUCAAACCCAGUCAGUGUUUCUAUUUGCCAAACAUUCAAAUUCAGGUUGUUGUUUCUUUGAAGUGAAUGAGAGAAGGACAGUGAGGACGCAGGUGUGACCACACCUCCACCCACUGACAGCAGCUCCUCCACCCACCGACAGCAGCUCCUCCACCCACCGACAGCUCUCUGCUCUGAGCACAGCAGCACCUCCAUCAGUCUUUCAACUUUGAAAACAGAGCUUCAUUUAAACAGAUAACAUUUCAGUUUAUCCAGCUGAUCAACCUGCUGAUAGAGGUGAUAAACCUUUCAAAAUGGCCACCAUUUAAGCCCCACCCCCUCAUCACAUCAUAGGACAGGUGUGGUCUCUGGUUGGAGGAGAGAGCUGUCGUGAGUCCUCCGUGUUUCUGUUCAUGACUGUGUGUUUUUUAUUUGUCAGCUGUUGAUUUUGUAACCAAUCAAACAGAAGUUUCCAUGGUGACAGCCUGGCUCACCAUGUGACCCUCCUCCUCCUUUCUUCUUCCCUCCUCCUUUUAUAAUGAAAUAAAAACACUGUAAAGUGAAUAAACUAUUUAUAAACAUC